AUGUGGCGGUUCCUCGUCGACGCGCACGAACACGCGGUGAGAAGAGCUGCCGCCGGUGUGAACAACGCCGUGACUAACGAUGCUGCCGAGAGCAGUCGUGGUGGUCGAGGUGGUCGAGGUGGUGCUUUAAACAACAAUAACGAGGAGGAGGACGACGAGAGGACGACGAUGCUUUCCACGCGCGACGGAAACGACGACAAUCCCGGGAAUGGUACUCCUGAUGACGAGAACAUCGUCGUCGUCGCGGAGGAGGAGGAUGAAGAUAUCGAAGAAAACGACGAAGAGAGCGAGGACGCGAACGCGGAGGAAAUGACCAUCCGCUCGGAUCUUCAGAGAGUGUUUCGAAAAAUGAAACCGAUGUUGCCGUACAUCUCGCUCUUCUCGGUGGUUUUCUUCAGUUUUCACUGGAAAAUUCUGUGCGUGAUAGUCGCCUUAUUCGCCUGGCACUUGAAAACGAGCGAAAGUUUAGUCCAAGAAAUCGCAAAGAAAGAAGCGUUCAUUCGCAAAAACGUGGUGAGAGAUUUCGUGCACUGCGUGUGUGUCUCUUACGCGUUUUUGUUCUUAGUGCCGACAAAGUUGGACGACGCGGACGAGUCGCCGAAAAUGUGGCGACGCGUCCUGGCGAAGACGCCGACGAGGAACGAGUUCACCGCGUGGGAAGGUUUGUUUGAAAUCGUGGCGAUAAAUUUGAACGCGCGGUUUAUGUUUGACGCGUUGAAGUGUCUGUGCGUUUUGACGACGUCGACGGCGACGCAAACGACGAGUAGUGGGGGUAUUUUAGGAAACGUAGAGCGCGUCGCGAAGAUGGUUUCAGAGUUGGACGCGAGGAGCGCGAAGGAUUUCGUGAUGGGUUUUGGAGGCUUGCGCCGGUUUCGGAAGAAGGAGAAGGACGACGAGGACGAAUGCACGAAUAGCGAGCCAGGUGUCGGCGAUGAGCAGCAGCAGCAGCAACAACAACAACAACAACAACAACAACAACAACAACAACAACAACAACAACGUCGACAAAGCGUGGUUGACGUCGAAAGCGGAGGAGGAACGACGAUGGUGAUGCUCGAAAGCGACGACCAACAACCGUUAGGCGGGAAAGACGCGCGAAGACCGUACCGCGCUCGAGGAUUAACAAUAAGUGCCAUCGAGUAUGCGGCCAUCUCGUACAAAACUGUCCUCCCGAUCCCGAUCUGGUUCGCGUACUUCCAAAACGCCAGCCUGUUUGGCCUCUUCCUCUCGUCCGCGCUCGCCGGCUCUUAUCUCGCUUGCGCUCUGUUCAAAACGUCGAAAUCGGUACACGAGUUUACGCGCGCCUUCUCGCGUCGUUACGAUUUCGGGUCCAAAGCGUUCAGUUGCGCUCACGGCACGCCCGCGACAAAAGCGGACGUCGAAAAGCUCGGUUUGGAGUUUGAAUGCGCCAUUUGUCAACAGAAGGAAAUCAUAGCGCCUUUGAAAUUGGAAUGUGAUCACGUAUUUUGCGAGGAGUGCGUGGAACCGUGGUUCGAGAAGGACAACACGACGUGUCCUUUGUGCAGAGCAGUCGUCGUGGAAAAGAAGAAGGACGAAUUAAAGAGUUUGUCCGGUGGGGAGACGCACUUCCUACCGGUUGUAUUUUAA